GAAUUCAAAACAGGAAAAGCAAAGAGUGGGGAGGACGACAUUCCCUCUGUGUGAGUGACUUCGCCAACUAUGCCCCUUCAAAGAGGUGCGGACCCCGUCGCUCCGUCAGAGCAACUGCUCCAGAAACAAGCUCCGGGACGCUUCUCCAUGCUUUCGUAAGCAACAUGUCAGAUGUACUAAUCCAAAGAAUACAGGAGCUGGAGUCAGAGUUGGAGAGGCUCAGGUCUCAGCUGAAGCAGAGCAGUGGAGCUGCAGAUGAAAUGGAAACGACGUCCAGUCCGGCUCCUGAUGAAAGCUGGGACUGUAAGGCUGAUGUGAACCCCAGCAGCAGCAAGAAGGAGAGGAAGAAAGGCGGCAGAGACCGUCCCUUUGACUUCUCCCUGCACCCCCGGCGUCAUGUGGCUCUGCGGCUGGCUUAUCUCGGGUGGGCCUACCAGGGCUUUGCAGUCCAGGAGAACACAGACAACACCGUGGAGGCCAGACUCUUUGACGCUUUGUUAAAGACCAGGCUGAUUCAGGACCGGCAGAGCUCCAAUUACCACCGCUGUGGUCGCACUGAUAAAGGAGUCAGUGCUUUUUCCCAAGUUAUAACCAUUGACUUGCGCUCCACGCAGUUUUGUGGAGGCCUCGGCGUCACCCUCCCUGAAAACGUGGACGUCAGUAGCAGGUCAAAGGCCGCGGCCUCCGAACUUCCGUACGUGAAGAUGCUGAACCGAGUCCUGCCGCAGGACAUCAGGGUUUUGGACUGGGCGCCUGCCACGGAGGGCUUCAGCGCACGCUUCGACUGUCAGUCCCGCACCUACCGCUACUACUUCCCCCGGGGGUCUCUGGACGUGGCGUUGAUGGCAGAAGCUGCAAAAAGAUACGAAGGAACUCACGACUUUCGUAACCUUUGUAAGAUGGACGUGGGAAACGGAGUCCUGCAGUUCGAGAGGACCAUUCUCUCAGCCGCAGUCGAGCCCGUUCAGCCUCAGAGUCUCUCCAGCUCAAACCAAUACGACCUUUUUAUCUUUCAAAUCAAGGGAUUGGCCUUCCUUUAUCACCAGGUACGCUGCAUGAUGGCAGUGCUCCUCUUGAUCGGGCAAAAGCUGGAAGCCCCAGAGAUAAUUAAUCAGCUCCUGGAUGUUGAGAAUAACCCCAGGAAGCCCCAGUACAGCAUGGCGGUGGACUUCCCUCUGGUGCUGUACGACUGCCACUUUGAAGGUCUGAGCUGGAAGCAAGAGCCCGAAGACGCGAACCACGUCGUGUCGGCGCUGCGGCAGCACUGGACGCUGAGCACCGUCAGAGCGCACGUCCUGCAGGGGAUGAUCCAGGGGCUGGAGGCCAGAGGAGCCUCGUCCUCCGGCCACUGCCUGUUGGUCGAAGGCAGCAGGCAGAGGAACUACCGCCCACUGCUGGAGCGUCCGUGCUGCGAGAGCCUGGAGUCCAGGAUUGACCAUUUUGUCAAAAGAGGGCGGCUGGAGCGAGAGGAAGGGGAGAACGGAGGCGAGACGGUCCACAGAGGGAAAAGGUCGAAACACUCGCACAGCGCCUCCAGCCUGCCUGCUGCUUCAGAACAAAGUCCUGAUCACAAAGCAGAAGAUUAA